AUGGCUUCGUUCGAUGACUUAGCCUUCACGCGUUCCUCUACUGGCGCGGCAGCUGAGGAGCUCUUUUGCAGAGACUGUAACGAAGUGCCACGAGCGACGACAACAGACGGCAAACGAUGUAUAGUCUGCGGAUGUGAGCUGAAGCGUCGAGAGGAGAUCGCAUUGGGGCACGGUACCUCUGAGACCAUGUUAGAUCAAGCUGCAGCGAGUGUGCAAGAGCUGCAGACGGUAGUGAUGCGACUGCUGAGCCAAAUUGGUGGCGACUGGGAUGGCGUGGACACGGGAACGCGGCGCCCUGCGUCCGAUGAAGCCGUACGGAACUUGGGGUCUUUUGUUGCCGAUCAGGCGGCAACGAUUGAAGUGGCAGUCAUUGUGGACGGCAUCAAAGGCGAGGUGGUUGCUAUUCCAGCUAAUUUUGGCCCGUGUGCGUCAAUCGAAAAGCGCAGUGUGAUCAUAGCCGACCCUUUUGACGGUGCCAACUCAUUUCGAAAUGCCGAUUCAAUGAAGGACAAGAUCGUGGUGAUGUCCCGAGGUGGCUGUCCGUUUGCUCGCAAGGUUCUGCGUGCACAAGCUGCGGAGGCUGCAGGCGUGAUCAUCAUCCAAACAGUCGAUGUGUGGCCGUACACGAUGACUGAUUCUACCGGUGAAAGCGAGAAUGUCAAGAUUCCUGCUUUCAUGAUAAGCUCAAAGCAUGGCAAGGGCUUUGUAGAGUAUCUUCGUGGCGAGCACAACGAAGGCGUUUUUGCCGAUAUUGUCGUGCGAAAAGAUGCACUCGAGUGCGUCAUUUGUCAGGUGGAAAUGUCCAUAGGGAUGGAGGUCACGCGGAUGCCAUGUCAACACAUGUUCCACACGGCGUGCCUGCACGAGUGGCUGCAGGUGGGCAAUUCGUGUCCAAUUUGUCGCGUGACGAUCGCUGCCAAGCGCACUGGCCACAACGAUCUAUCGACUGGUCUGAGCGCUCAGCAGCGCGGUGAUUUUGCGUGGAGCGAGUGGUUUUCCUGA